GCUUAAAGCUAACAUUAAAGACCAAAUUUCGGUGAAUAUUUAUUUGUGCGUAUUCUCUGAAUUUAGGGUCUCUCACUCAACGCAGAAUCUCAGCCUCUUACUAUAACAACCCUCACACUUGCUCUACUCCGCCUCUCUUCCCCUCUUCUGGAACUAUAAACACCCUUCAUAAUGGCGUUGCCGAAUCAGCAAACCGUUGAUUACCCGAGUUUCAAGCUUGUAAUUGUCGGCGAUGGUGGAACUGGAAAAACCACCUUCGUGAAGAGACAUUUAACUGGAGAAUUCGAGAAGAAAUAUGAACCAACCAUUGGUGUUGAAGUUCACCCCUUGGAUUUCUUCACCAACUGUGGAAAGAUUCGAUUUUACUGCUGGGACACAGCUGGACAGGAGAAAUUUGGUGGUCUUCGUGAUGGUUAUUACAUUCAUGGUCAAUGUGCCAUCAUCAUGUUUGAUGUCACUGCAAGGUUGACUUACAAGAAUGUUCCCACAUGGCAUCGUGAUCUUUGCCGUGUUUGUGAGAACAUCCCAAUUGUGCUAUGUGGAAACAAAGUUGAUGUGAAGAAUCGUCAAGUGAAAGCAAAACAAGUUACUUUUCACAGAAAGAAGAACUUGCAGUAUUAUGAAAUCUCAGCCAAGAGUAAUUACAACUUUGAGAAGCCUUUCCUUUAUCUUGCUAGGAAACUUGCUGGUGACCCCAACUUGCAUUUUGUUGAGUCUCCUGCUCUAGCUCCACCAGAGGUGCAAAUUGACAUUGCUGCUCAACAACAGCAUGAGGCAGAGCUUGCUGCAGCUGCAAGCCAGCCACUUCCAGAUGAUGAUGAUGAUGCUUUUGAAUAGAGAAGAGUCUAUAAAAUUUGAAUGCUUUUGUUUAAUUUGAAAAGGGUUUUGUGUUGUGGAUUUUUGGAUUAUUGAUAUGAUGAUAUGAUGAUGUCGGAAUGGUUUAAAAAAACGUUUGGUAGGAGAUGAUUUGUUUGUGAGAAGAACAUGAGUAUUUUCUGUUGUGAAGCAAUGUGCGGGUGUUGAGUUUUUAUCAGCUCCCAAUUACUUCAAAAUGUGUGGUUUUGUUUGAUUUGUUCAUGUCUUUAGUUUUUGUGUGUUCGUUGCACCUUGUUGGAUGUGGUCCCUACUUGUUUUCCGAAAGACAGACACCAAGUCUUCUGUCAUCAAAUGACUUUUAAAGUGUCGAAUUUUCAUUGUUCAUGGUGUGACAGUUGGAUGUUCUAGUUUUUUACUAAAUACAAGCACAACAGAGUUUGUAACACAUUGAACGUGUGAGUAUUGUCUUAUGUGUAAGGCAUUGUGGAGACCAAAAAGUAGGGUUAAGGGCGCCUGUAAUCCUACCUUAUUAUUCACUUUUAUAUCCAAAGUUUACA